CCACCUGCUGGGGCCCUUUCCAGAACAAAAGAGGCUUGCGCAUGUUCUGAGGGCAGGAGACUCGCUCCCGCCGGCCGUAAGGUGUCGCCCUCGGACCAAAGCGGAUGCGCGGCGCGCUGGGGCCGCUCCUGCCCGCUACCUGCGCAAGUGCAGAGGGCUCUUCCGGCGCCUCCCCAGUCAGGGAUGCUGCGGCUCUACAGAGCGCUGGGGCAGGUCGGGGCAGAACCCAGUACUUGGGGUUCCGCUCGGCGUCCUCUUGCCGCCGAGAUGCCUAAGAAGGCUGGUGCGACGACCAAGGGUAAAAGCCAGAGCAAAGAGCCAGAGAGAUCUCUUCCUCCCUCAGGGCCUGUGGCAGUUGAUCCUAAAGGUUGUGUCACCAUAGCCAUCCAUGCCAAACCUGGCUCCAAACAAAAUGCUGUAACAGAUUUGACAGCAGAAGCCAUCAAUGUAGCUAUUGCAGCACCUCCAUCAGAGGGAGAGGCUAACGCUGAGCUCUGUCGGUAUCUUUCCAAGGUCCUAGAACUCAGGAAGAGUGAUGUGGUUUUGGAUAAGGUAGGUCUCUCUCUCUCAUUUUUUUUCUGGAGAGGGAGUCUUGCUCUCUCGCCCAGGCUGGAGUGCAAUGGUGUAAUCUCGGCUCACUGCAACCUCUGCCUCCUGGAUUCAAGCGAUUCUCCUGUCUCAGCUUCCUGAGUAGCCGGGAUUACAGGUGUGUGCCACCAUGCCUGGCUAAUUUUUUGUAUUUUUAGUACAGAUGGGGUUUCACCAUUUAGCCAGGCUGGUCUUGAACUCCUGACCUUGUGAUCCGCCCGCCUUGGCCUCCCAAAGUGCUGAGAUGACAGGCAUGAGCCACUGAGCCAGGCUUCAGAGCCAUUCCUUAGGCUUAGUCCCCCUGUACCUUAAAUUCAGCUCAGACCUGAGUGUUGUUAACUUGGAGCCACUGGGUACGUGAGCCUCUCAGCUCAUAGCCGUGGUGGAGGCAGCAUGGUCCUGAGUUCUUCCCUUAACUCUGCAGCUUUCAGAAAUCCACGAAGCCAGUGUUUUUGAAAAUGGACCUGGGUGGGCAAUUGGCAAGGAGCUAAUUUCUAAUCAAGAUGCCAGCUUACUAACUUGAGUGAAGAACAGACCUGCCAAAUAGACUGCAUAGUGGGAUCUGUAGUCAGCACAUUCUGUCCCUUUGGGAAACCUCUUUAAGAGAAUCAUUCAAGCCUACUUGGAGAGCUUGGAAUCAGAGCCAAGGAAAUUAGGGGCCAGGGUAAGGGAGCUAUGACCAUCUAGAGCUCCCAUUUCUGCUGUAGGGAUGGACCUAUUGUAGCAGGAGCGGUCAAGGGAAAGGAUCUCUCGGACACCGAAUACAGGAGGAAGGAAUUUAUUUCAGCUGGGAGCAAGGUGGCAUAGGUGCCUAACAGCCAAGCUCGUCUAACAGAUGGAGGUUCAGCCCUUAUUUAGGCUUGUACUUUAGAUGUUACAUGUGGAAGAAUCUUAGAUUCAUAGUUUUAGGACUCACAUGUGAAAAGGUUUUGGUUUACAGUUUUAGGAAUCACAUACGAAAGGGUUCUGGUUUACAGUUUUAGGACUCAUGUGAAAAGGUUUUAGUUUACAGUUCUAGGAAUUACAUAUGAAAGGGUUCCGGUUUACAGUUUUAGGACUCACAUGUGAAAAGGUUUCUGGGUUGAUCUUGUUUUAAGUAAAAAUAGUGCCUUCUGGAGAGUUUCCCCGAGGCCUAGCCUGUUGUUUUCAGGAAGGAGAUUCAGGAGGCGCCAGCUGGCUUGCUCUCUCCUUUAUUGAGAUGCACAAUGGAUGACAGAGGGGGAGGGAAUCCCAAAUGCCUGGGUCUCCCUCCUCACUAUGGUAGCAGCCAGCCACAAAUCCUCUUCUGGGACAACACUGGAGAUAAUGAUCAUUCAUGAUACAGGAAAUUAUUUUUUCUAGGUUGCAGGAAGAGCACCUAUUUCUACCCACAUAGACAUUCCUCAGACAAUCCUUAGAAUUCAGUUAUUAAGGGUUUUUGCAUUUUAUCCUGUCUGCCAAUCAGUCCCCCAGACAGAAUUUGUCAGGGAAGAAUCCCCAAAUUUUGCAGCCACAGGUUACAUACUCCCUGAUCAUUUCUACAGGAAACUCAUCUGUGUUUUUACUAUAGUGAUGUUCAAACUUUCAACAGAGAUACCUAGGGGGAUUAGGCCACUGUGAACAGUAAGGGAGUGAGUCAGGUGAACAAAAAUGCUAGCCUUUAGUCCUCUUUUACAGCCAUACAUGUCCACAUGAUAGCUGCUCCUGCCACAUGUGGCUAUUGAGCACUUGAAAUGUGGCUAACAGAAUUUAAAAAUAAAAGAUAAGGCUGGCCAUGUUGGCUCAUGCCUGUAAUCCCAGCAGUUUGGGAAGCUGAGGCAGGAUGAUAGUUUGAGGCCAGGAGUUCAAGACCAGCCUGGACAACAUAGACCCCAUUUCUAUAAAAAUAAAAUUAGCCAGUCAUAGUGGCAUGUGCCUGUAGUCCCAGCUUCUUGGGAGGCUGAGACAGGAGGAUCACUUGAGCUCAGGAAUUCAAGGUUGCAGUGAGCCACAAUCACGCCACUGCACUCCAGCUUGGGUGACAGGGCAAGACCCUAUUUCAAAUAAAUAAAAAGGAAAAACAAAAGCAUAAUAGAAAUAAAGGCCAUGUUGGAAACAGUCCAACAGAGAGGAGGCUGAAAACGGUAUGGAAUUUAGAAGGCAACAUAGAGAAGAGUGAACAAAGAAAGGAAAAUGACAGCUACAGAAGUCACUUAAAAAUUAUUAUUUUUUGAGACAAAGUUUCACUCUUGUUGCUCAUACUGGAGUGUGGUGGGGUGAUCUCGGCCCACUGCAACCUCUGCCUCCGAGGUUUAAGUGAUUCUUCUGCCUCAGCCUCCCAAGUAUCUGGGAUCACAGGCCUAAGCCACCAUGCCGGUUAUUUUAUUUUUGUAUUUUUAGUAGAGACGGGACUUCUCCAAGUUGGCCAGGCUGGUCUUGAACUGAGCUCAGGCGAUUCGUCCUCCUCAGCCUCCCAAACUGCUGGGAUUACAGGAGUGAGCCACUUCGCCCAGCCAAAGUUAUUCAUUUUUGUAUUGUUUCACUUAUAUAUUGUUUUGUAAACACACAAGUUGAGGAAAUUUUAAAAUGAGAGAAAUACACAUACAAACAACAAAGCUCUAGCCAUUAGCCAUUAAGAGCAGUUUUAUUUACCUAAUUCAGACAAAGAGACUGGAGAUUCUCUAGGAAGUUAAAGGUACUAGCAGUGGAAAAAAACCAUGAGAUCAUCAUCACAUCAUCCCCUGAAGCUGUCUCAGGAGGAGUCACUGAAACCCACAGAAAAUCUAACUGGUAAUUAAUACAUAGGGCUCUCUGUGUCCCUGAGGGAAAGGAAUGAAAACAUCAACUGAAUUAGCCCAUACAUGGAGCUGUCUGUGCCCCUUAGGGAGAGGAAUGAAAAUGACAAAUCAGCCCAUCACCCCAUAAAGACACUGUUGAAAGGUCUGCGAGUUGUCCAUCGUGCACCCUAGCAGCCUGCAGAUACCUCACCCUAACGUACAAACCUCACUGGGUACCCAUUAUGUGCCUAGUUCAGUGCUACGUACUUUAUGCUCUCUCUUAAUCCUGCAGUGGGGCAGUCAAGUCACAUAUUAGCUGUUUGUUUUUAUUUCUUUAGAUGGAGUCCCCCUCUUUCACCCAGGCUUGAGUGUAGUGGUGCCAUCUCGGCUCACUGCAAUUUCCACCUCGCAGGUUUAAGCAGUUCUCCUGCCUCAGCCUCCUGAGUAGCUGAGAUUACAGUCACAUACCACCACGCCCAGCAAAUUUUUGUAUUUUUAGUAGAGAUGGGUUUUUGCCAUGCUGGCCAGGCUGGUCUGGAACUGCUGACCUCAGGUGAUCUGUCCACCUUAACCUUCCAAAGUGCUGGGAUUACAGGCAUGAGCCACAUGCCUGGCCAACUGUUCUGACCAAAGACUUUUCUUCAUUAACCUGCUCCUCCUAUUCCAUCCUGUAAACCUUCAAAUCUGAAGGAUAUUAUCCACAGCUCAUCUCCACUUUUCUAAUCUGACAGCACUGAUCAUUGAAUUCCUCAGAAGCAAGAUGUUUCUCUGGCACCCAGAGGCCUCAGCAGUGUCACAGCAGCUGAAGUGUCACUUCUUCCUCACCCAGGGCACACCGUGACAUAGUGCAGCCCCACUGACUGGGACCCAUGCAACCAUCCUGGCCCAGGGCCACUCUCACCCAGAAUGUCCACAGGUCAAGGGAUCUCUACUCCCAUCCUUAUUUUCCUCAAAAACUGGUCACAGCAGUAGUCAACCAGACUUCUAGAAAAGAGGAGAUAUCCACUCUCAAGGCCGCCUGGGCUCCAGUGGUAUAAUCUACUUUAAUCUAGUUGUUUCUUUCAUUCCAUAAUAAUUUAAUAUAGUAGAUGUCAGUGGAAAUCUUUGUUUAGAUAUUAUAUCACAUCUGGAUACAUCUGAAUCCUAAAGGAUUAAUCUAAAUAUUAACAAUUAAGUUCUACCAGUGUCAAGAGUAUUUUCUCCUGUUGGUCUUAAUUUUAAAAUUUGAGAGUUUUAAAAGCAUAUCUUUAUAUGUUCAUAAAUAAACAGAACAAAGAUGCUUUGAGUGCCUUAUAUAUAAUUUUUUCAUACAGAAUUAACCAAAGCCUUAUUUAAUAUUUCAGAAUUCUCAUAUAUAUAUAUAUAUAUUAAAUAUAUGUCUUUGGUUAAAGUGCAAGAUACUGAAAGAAAAAUGCAUAUAGGCAUUUCAGAUAAUAAUUUACAUGUAUUUCAUUUGUCUGACAUUACAAAGUAAGCACUUUCACAGCUAACAUUCCCAGCUAACUGAAGUCCAAUUGUAAUAGAAGCCACCUUAAGCUGGGAGUAUUUAUUUCUUAUAUUUCCUAAAUUUAAAAAAUUCCUUUCACUAUAGAUGAUGGUGCUAAUUAAAAAAAGUCAACAGUCUACGGCAUAGAUUUCCAUACACAGCCAAAUCUGUGUUUGGAUUGAAUCAAAUCAAAUAGGAAGUCUAAGAAAAUUUGUAAGGUGUAAAAAAUUUUUUAUUUAGGUUGGCUUGAACUUGUCUAAAAAUAAAUAAAUUUUAAAAAAUUAUAUUUAGGGCCAGGUGCGAUGGGUCAUACCUGUAAUCCCAGCACUUUGGGAGGCUGAGGCGGGUGGAUCACUUAAAGUCAGGAGUUCGAGCCCAGCCUAGCCAACAUAAUGAAACCCCGUCUCUACUAAAACAACAAAAAUUAGCUGGGUGUGGUGGUGGGCAGCUGUAAUCCCAGCUACGUGGGAGGCUGAGGCAGGAGAACUGCUCGAACCCAGGAGGUGGAGAUCGCAGUGAGCCCAGAUCGUGCCACUGCACUCCAGCCUGGGUAACAAGUGUGAGACUCUGUCUCAAAAAAAUGAAAAAUUAAAAAAUUAAAAAUUAUAUUUAGGAAACAAGUGUAGUUCUUUUAUGAGAGUUCAAAAUUAGUGCUGUCAGUAACCUUCAGGGCAAAUGACCACUUCCUUCAAUUAUAACAGUCUCAAAACUGACAUUUCAUUACUCUUAAUUCUAUCAUAAAGUCCUAUAUUUUUCUUUCUUUCUUUCUUUCUUUCCUUUCUUUCUUUCCUUCUUUCCUUCUUUCCUUCGUUCCUUCCUUCCUUCCUUCCUUCCUUCCUUCUUUCUUUCCUUCUUUCCUUCUUUCCUUCGUUCCUUCCUUCCUUCCUUCCUUCCUUCUUUCUUUCCUUCUUUCCUUCUUUCCUUCUCUUUCCUUCUUUCCUUCCUUCCUUCCUUCCUUCCUUCCUUCCUUCCUUCCUUCCUUCCUUCCUUCCUUCCUUUCUUCCUUUCUUUCUUUCUUUCUUUCUUUCGAGAUGGAGUCUUGGUUUUUUACCCAGGCUGGGGUUCAGUGGCACGAUCUCAGCUCACUGCAACCUCCACCUCCUGGGUUCAAGCCAUUCUCCUGCCUCAACCUCCUGAGUAGCUGGGAUUACAGGUGUGCACCACCAUGCCCAGCUAUUUUUUUGUAUUUUUAGUAGAGGUGGGUUUCACCAUGUUGGUGAGGCUGGUCUCGAACGCCUAACCUUGUGAUCUGCCCACCUUGGCCUCCUAAAGUGCUGGGAUUACUGGCAUGAGCCACUGUACCCAGCCCAGUCCUAUAUUUUCCUUUAGGUGAAUAAAAUACAAGGAAAAUUAUAUAUUUGUCUGUUGAGCAUUAUAAGGAACAUGGCUUUGGAAACAAAAACCGUGCUAGAAAUCUUCCCAGAUGUCUUUUUCCUGUAUAGUUUCAAGAACCCCAAAACUAUUCUCAAAGCAGUGACUCAAAUUUAUUACAUUCUGUAUAACCCCAAGUCUACCUAGCACUCAAAAACAAAACACAAAAAACUCUGAAACUUCCCAGCAUCCUAUUCUCAAAAGGACAUUAAUCUGGUGUGUUCAAUAAUUAACAUUUGACAUUCUAAACUCACUACCAAUUUCCAAACAGCACAUGCUACUUAUUUUGUGUAUUUAUUUCUGAGAUGGAGUCUUGCCCUGUUGCUCAGGCUGGAAUGCAGUGGUGCGAUCCUGGCUCACUGCAACCUUUGCCUCCUGGGUUCAAUUCUCCAGCCUCAGCUUCCCUAGUAGCUGGGACUGCAGGUGCACACCACCAUGCCCAGCUAAUUUUUGUUUUUCAUAGAGAUAGGGUUUUGCCAUUUUGGCCAGGCUGGUCUCGAACUCCUGACCUGAGGUUGUCCACCCGCCUUGGCCUCCCAAAGUGCUGGGAUUACAGGUGUGAGCCACUGGGCCUGGCCAAAUACUACUAAUUUUAGCUCAACUUUUUUUAUACAAACCGUCUUCCACAUUUCAAGUGUUUAUUUUCUGAAUGAUAUAACUUGCUUUCCUUUGCUAAUUCACAUAUGAAUUCACAUAAGGAAACGGUCAGAAAUCCUUAAUUUUCAACGUCUCCUGCCCUACCUUAUCUUCUGUUACUUUACAUCCUUCCUAUCAACACUACGCUUUACAAUUUACCAAAUACUUCCCUCCUGUUGAUUCAACAAAUGUUUAUGCAGCACCUAUUCUAUGCCACUAGGGGUUUAAUGGUCACAACUAUAUUCUCAAGCUCUUCCUUUAGUUAUUUAUUGUAAUACAUCUGAGGGUGGCAGGUUGGGUAUUGCCCUCCUUUUUACAGCUGAGCCAAUAAGUUCAGCAUUUACAUGAUUUUCUCAAGGUCACAUAUGCUUUAAGCACAGAACUGGAAGCUAGGACUCCUUAUGCCUAAUGCCAUAUGUUAUUAUAACGGACUGUCUACUUGAAAUUAAUUCUAUUUGACACCCUUUUAAUUCUUUGUUCUCACUCUUAAAUUAUCUUUAAGCUUUUCAUGUUAUUUUCUGCCUCAUGAAGCAGAAACUGUGCCUUUUAUUUCUUCCUGGUUUUAAGUACAUGGAGGGCAGGGGUACAGUCUGAUACUAACUGCUGUUAAAAAACAAAAACCAGGGCCGGGCGCAGUGAGCCUAUAAUCCCAGCACUUUGGGAGGCCAAGGCAGGUGGAUCACGAGGUCAAGAGAUCGAGAUCAUCCUGGUCAACAUGGUGAAACCCCAUCUCUACUAAAAAUACAAAAAAUUAGCUGGGCAUAGUGGCACGUGCCUGUAAUCCCAGCUACUCAGGAGGCUGAGGCAGGAGAAUUGCCUGAACUCAGGAGGCGGAGGUUGCGGUGAGCUGAGAUCGCACCAUUGCACUCCAGCCUGGGUAACGAGCGAAAACUCUGUCCCAAAAAAAAGAAAAAAAAAAACCAUAACCACAUAGAUUAUUCAUGUAGCAUGCAGAAUUAACUCAUGUUGAAACGAGGUUUAUUCCCAUUUUUUCAAGCAGGGCUGAUACUCAGAUCACAGGCAGCCUAGCUGUGUUAGGAGUUAAAACGUUUAAAUACUAUUGGAAACCACCUCUCUUCUGAGCUUUUUGAGAAGCAUCCCUUCAGUGCUGGCCUUGGACCCACAUCUCCCUUUGUGUCAACAGCUGGCACAGCAGAGAAUCCUGCCCUGAAGCUAUAGUCAAAUACUGUCCCAACUACUGCUCAGUGCCCGUGCUUUCUCAAGUAAUAUGAUGUUAUAAAUUGUUUUUGUUGUUGUUGUUGUUUUUUUGAGACGGAGUUUCACUCUUGUUACCCAGGCUGGAGCGCAGUGGCGUGAUCUGGGCUCACCGCCACCUCCACCUCCUGGGUUCAGGCAAUUCUUCUGCCUCAGCCUCCCAAGUAGCUGGGAUUACAGGAACGCGCACCAUGCCCAGCUAAUUUUUUUGUGUUUUUAGUAGAGACGGGGUUUCACAACGUUGACCAGGAUGGUCUCGAUCUCUUGACCUCGUGAUCCACCUGCCUUGGCCUCCCAAAGUGCUGGGAUUACAGGCGUGAGCCACCGUGCCCGGCCUGUUGUUUGUUUUUUUGAGACGGAGUUUUGAUCUUGUUGCCCAGGCUGGAGUGCAAUGGCAUGGUCUCAGCUCACUGCAACCUCUAUCUCCCAGGUUCAAGCGAUUCUCUUGCCUCAGCCUCCCGAGUAGCUGGGAUUACAGGUGCCUGCCACCAUGCCUGGCUAAUAUUUGUAUUUUUAGUAGAAACUGGGUUUCACCCUGUUGGCGAGGCUGGUCUCGAACUGCUGACCCCAGGUGAUCUGCCCAUCUCAGCCUCUCAAAGUGCUGGGAUUACAAGCGUGAGCCACCACGCUCAGCCUAUAAAUCAUUACCAUUUUUUGGAGACAGUUGCCCAGGCAGGAGUGCAGUGGCGUGAUCUCAGCUCAUUGCACCUCCGCCUCCCAGGUUCAAGUGAUUCUCCUGCUUUAGCCUCCCUAGUAGCUGGGACUAAAGGUGUGUGCCACCACACCUGGCUAAUUUUUUGUGUUUUUAGUAGAGAUGGGGUUUCACUGUAUUAACCAGGAUGGUCUCAAUCUCCUGACCUUGUGAUCCUCCUGCCUCGGCCUCCCAAAGUGCUGGGAUUACAGACAGGUAUAAGCCACCGUGCCUGGUUUAAAUCAUUGUUUUUAAGAGACGGGAUCUCAAAUUCUUUUGCCCAAACUGGAGUACAGUGGCAUGAUCCUAGCUCACUGUAGUCCUGAAGUCCUCAUGGACUCGAGGGAUCUUCCUGUCUCAGCUUCCUGAGUAGCUAGGACUACAGGCAUGACCACCACACCCAGCUAAUUUUUAAAUUUUCUGUAGAGACAGGAUCUUGCUACAUUGCCAAGGCUGGCCCUGAACUCCUGGCCUCAAGUGAUCUUUCUACCUUGGCCUCCCAGAGUGCUGGGAUAACAGGCGUGAGCUAGCAUACCCAACUGGGUGAUAGAUAUUUUGGUAACACUUAUGCUUUCAGAGAAGAUCCUGGGGUGUAGUCAGGACGUUACUAUUCGGCUAAAUAUCUGUAGUAUUAACCUUUUUUUUUUUUGAGACAGAGUCUCACCCUAUCGCCCAGGCUCGAGUGCAAUGGCGUGUCUCGGCUCACUGCAGCCUCUGCCUCCUGGGUUCUCCUGCCCCAGCCUACCAAAUAGCUGGGAUUACAGGCACAUGCCACCGCACCCGGCUAAUUUAAAAAGUAUCUUUAGUCAAGACAGGGUUUUACCAUGUUUGCCAGGCUGGUCUCGAACUCCUGACCUCCUGAUCUGCCCAUCUUGUCCUCCCAGUGCUGGGAUUACAGGUGUGGGCCACCAUGCUAGGCCCAAAACCUAUAGCACUGGCUUGCUGCCUUCUGUUGUAAUAAGGGAGGUACAGGGAAAACCCUUAUCUUACUGUUAAUAUUUUAUUUACAUCUUAGUGUGAAUGUAUGACUUAUUAGGUCCUUUCCAAUAAAACAGUUACCUGAGAGGUAGCUUUCCAGGGAGAAUAAAAGAGAGGUAGAAUCAGAGCAUGAAGAACCUGGAGAAGUCAACUUUGAGGGCCUAGAGUGGAGUGCUAAGAGAGAAGGCAGUAAAAGACAGGUUUACAAAGAUGCUAUCUUUUUUUUUGAGAUGAAGUCUCGCUCUGUCACCCAGGCUGGAGUGCAGUGGCAUGAUCUUGGCUUAUUGCAACUUCCACCUCUGGAGUUAAAGCAAUUCUCCUGCCUUAGCCUCCCAAGUAGCUGAGAUUAUAGGCAUGUGCCACCAAACCCAGAUAAUUUUUAUAUUUUUAGUAGAGAUGGGGUCCCACCAUGUGGAUAAGGCUGGUCUCAAACUCCUGACCUCAAGUGACAGUGAUCCACCCACCUAAGCCCCCGAAAGUAUUGGGAUUAUAGGCAUGAGCCACUGCACCUGGCCAGAAGAUGCCUUUUUAAAUAUUGUUUGUUUUUUGUUUUUUUUUUUUUGGUUACUCUAAUAAAGUCAGGAAGGUGCCUGUUAAUUCCUUUGACCUAUGUUGAAACUUGUACUCUUAAUGUUACUCUUAAACCAAAUAAGCCCUUUUCAACAGAUUUGAAAAACAGCAUAAUAAAAAAACAAAAAAUCUCAUUUCACCAUAUUAAUAAAUAGGCUGCCAGAACUUGGGAGUGAAGACACUUAAAAUUUUUUUUAAAUUUUAUUUGAAUGAAACCAUUGCUGUAAUAACCAUUAAAACGAUCUGAAAUAGAAUGAUCUCUGUGAAACGAAGUUUAUAGCAUCACUAUUUAUAGAAGAGAAAGCAGCAGAGGUAUGCAUCUGGAAGUGAAUAUAACAUUGUAAAAUCAGCCCACAUUAAAUACCAAAAAAGUAAGAACAAUCAAAAUGCAGCAUUAUUUACAGGAUUAAAAAGGAAAGUUUGAACAUCACAGAAUUAAAUUUUUGUAUGUGUGAAUUUUGACCUGCUAUGUUGUUAGCGAAAAGCCUUAUUGGUAUACAAAAUGAUGUUACCCUAAUCCCAACCAUCAUCAGAUCAAGACACAAACUGACAAUGAUUCCUUCCCUAUUUUACAGCUUUAUUACUGAUUUCCCUCUAAAGAGACCCAAGUAAAUGUGGAGCUGACUCAUUAUCUAUAGAGUAAGGAAUCACAAAGUACCACAGUCACAUAACAAAAAAGCAAUAGUUUUAUCUUUCAACUGCUGAUGUUAUAUACAAUCUUUCACAAGAAGCAUAGCUGUGCAUUCAUGAGCUGAUUUUGUAUUAACUUCUAGAAUUUUAGAAACGAGCACAUCUAAGUAUAUGGAUACUCUCUUACCUUACAAAGGAGAAGCAAGCAUUUUCUAUUUUAAAAUUUUUAUUUCUGUGUAAAACAAAGGUCUCCUAGAGGUCAAAUAAGAAAAUAUACCAAACUCAAAGCACUAUUACGUCAUGAAACAAGGAAGACUGAGGUAGAAGUCAAGCAAUAUAAUCCACAACUUCAAAUAUCAGCAGCAACCAUCGCAUCCCGCAAGUAAGAUCUAUUUUUUUUUUAAGUCUCAACUUCCAAAAAAUCCGUUCUCUAAAAUCAGAUGUAUAACUUUGACCAACAGAAGACACCCAAACUUUUGUCAUGGUAACAGAGUAAAUGCUUUACUAAAAGCUGCCAACAUUUCUAUCAGUAGUAACCGUAAGGAGGCCGCUGGUUGUAACCAUAAUGUCCAUAUUGGUGGGGAUAGUAAGGUUCUUGUCUGUGUUGCGGGUAAUUGUUACCCCAGGAUCGUCCAUGCCACUGAUUGGAUCGAUUGUCACUUGGCCACCCCCAUCUGCUGUCCCUGCCUCUGAACUGUCUGUUAUCUUGCAAUCUACAAGAACAAAACAAAGUCUUUAAACUUCCUUGUUAAAAAAACACAUGAUAAACGCAUAGCAGUGCAUCUAGUUUCUCAAUAAAUAAGACUAAAAACAUUCUUCACAAUAGAAUGUUACAGCACCAGUAAAUCAAACCUUUCCUAAGACUGAAAUCAUUCUUCUAGUACUAUACUAGAUAUGCUUUACAGAGAAAUAGGCAGACUAUAUAACCAAUAGAAUGGUUCUGAAUUAAAGUGAAAUCUAUUCCAUUGUACAAAAACGGAAUGGUAAUUUAUUCCUUUGACUAUUUUGAAUUAAAUAAAAGUAACUUCCAUUUGUAAACUUCUUCCUAAAGUAAAAUCGAAACAAUAUUUUCUUUAUGGAAUUGAACAAGUUCUAGAAAGCUCUAGGUUUUUAAAGUAGAUUUGCAUAGAAAGUAUUAAUCUAUAAAAAGAACAUUUAAAAACAAGAAAACACAUAUACUUGAACAGCAUGGAAAAAAAUAUAUGGUGCUGAAAAAAUAUUAAAGCAAGUAUUUAUCAGAAACAAUAUACCAGGCACUAUUAGGCACUAGGUAUGCCAUACUAAAAACUAGUCCCUGCCAUCACUGGCCUUAAAGUCUAGCAGAUUGAAGCUAUCCUCUGCCAGGUCAACCAUUUGCAUUUAUUGUUUUGUUUUUUUUUUUGAGACGGAGUUUCCCUCUUGUUACGCAGGCUGGAGUGCAAUGGCGCAAUCUCGGCUCACCGCAACAUCCGCCUCCUGGGUUCAGGCAAUUCUCCUGCCUCAGCCUCCUGAGUAGCUGGGAUUACAGGCACGUGCCACCAUGCACAGCUAAUUUUUUGUAUUUUUAGUAGAGACAGGGUUUCACCAUGUUGACCAGGAUGGUCUUGAUCGCUUGACCUCAUGAUCCACCCGCCUUGGCCUCCCAAAGUGCUGGGAUUACAGGCAUGAGCCACCACGCCCAGCCCACAUUUAUUCUUUACAUACCGGUUGCCUCUGUUUCUUUGGUUCCCACCAGCUCUGCUAUUCCAUUCCUCAACAAUUGGAGGGGACUCAGGAGGGCGUUUUAGGUAUUCCUGAUAUUCCUUGUCAUCUUCUGUGAAUCUACUAGCAAACAUCUCUUCAAAGUUGGGAACAGCUUUGGCAGUGUCAGUCAUUCUGAAAUUCUGUACAAUUUUAAAGACACUUUUAUUUAAAAAAUUUUAAAAAUCAACACUAUCUCUAGAUAAUGAAAAACCAAGAAGUAAACAAUUUUUAGGGAGGGUAUUUGUGGAAGUCUUUGUGUGCCUUCAGACUUGCUAAGUUUUAGGUAUUGAAUUCAACCAUUUUUUUUUUCUGAGACAAGAUCUCUCACUCUUGUCACCCAGGCUGGAGCACAAUGACACAAUCUCAGGUAACUGCAGCCUAGACUUCCUUGGCUCCAACAAUCCUCCCACCUCAGCCUCCCAAGAUGCUGGACUACAGGUGCAUGCCACCCACAAGCGGCUAAUUUUUGUAUUUUUUUGAAGAGACAGGGUCUUGCCAUGUUGCCCAGGCUGGUCUCAAAGUCUUAGACUCCCGUGAUCCUCCUGCCUUGGCCUCCCAAAGUGCUGGGAUUACAGGCAUGAGCCACUGGGCCUGGCCAAAAUAAUAUCCUUACUGUAUUAACUUAUAAUAAAACAUUUUGGACAAAGAGAUGUGAUAUUGAAAGCUACUAUGAUAACUUCUGCAUUAGUCUGCCUUUCCUCCAAACAUAUGCAUCUAUUUGUAACAUUUAUACUACCUACCUUCACCCCAACAAAAUUAAACCAAAAUUAUUGUUUGGAUUGCAAGAAGCAAUAUAUAGACACUCUGUCUUAUUUUCUUUUCCAUUUAUUCUUUUUCCCCUCCAAAUGGAGUCUUGCUCUGUUGCCCAGAGCUUGAGUGCCAUGGCGUAAUCUCGGCUCACUGCAACCCCUGUCUCCCAGGGUCAAGCAAUUCUUCUGCCUCAGCCUCUAGAGUAGCUGGGAUUACAUAUACACCACCAUGCCCAGCUAAUUUUUGUAUUUUUAGUAGAGAUGGGAUUUCACCAUGUUGGCCAAACUGGUCUUGAACUCCUGACCUCAGGUGAUUGGCCCGCCUUGGCCUCCCAAAGUGCUGGGAUAACAGGCGUGAGCCAUCGCACCCAGACUGACACUUUCAGGCUAUUGUUCUUAGCGUGCUUUAUCAAAUACCAAAUAUCAAAGACAUUCAGUGUGUCUGGGAUUGGCAAACUAUCUGUCAAAUUCUCAAAUCCGAGGAAUGAGUUUCAAAUAAAUUCAGCUAAUUAAAAUCAUGCCUAGAAUUCUAUCAGGAUCACAGAAAUCACUAAAAAGAUGACUCAUGCCUAAUCCAGAUGGGCAGUAAAAAUCAUAAGGUAAGUAAAAAGUGCUACUCCAUUUUUAUGUUCUCAUAUGUUCUCCGACGAUUCCCCACCCACAUGCAUGUAAACAAAUAUCAACUGUUUAUUACUGAGAACGGAAUUUAAAUAGAAUGUUAAUUGACCCAAGCUUUACUUACCCCAAAGAUUUGAGGCAGCUGUAUUGCUUAAUGUUUAGGUUAAAUCUGUGGGAGAAAGAAAACAAACUUGACUUUUACUCUCAAAAGGUGUUUGGAGGGGAGGGUGAUGCAUUUUCGUCUUACUCAAGGAAAGAUUUGGAGUAAAAGUGCUCUAAGGCCCGGAGCGGUGGCUCAGGCCUGUAGUCCCAGCACUUUGGGAGGCCAAGGCGGGCGGAUCACGAGGUCAGGAGAUCUAGACCAUCCUGGCUAACAGGGGGAAACCCCGUCUCUACUAAAAAUACAAAAAAUUAGCCAUGCGUGGAGGCAAGCGCCUGUAAAUCCGUACUACUCAGGAAGCUGAGGCAGAAGAAUCACUUGAACUCAGGAGGCGGAGGUUACAGUGAGCUGAGGUCGCGCCACUGCACUGCGGCCUGGGCGACAAAGAAAGACUCCGUCUCAAAACAAAAAACAAAACAAGUACUCUAAAGACUUCCAAAGCUAAUAUUCCAAAUAGGGAACUGGCUCUCACAGUGAAGAGCUAGAAGCUACAAGAUUUGUCCUCUGGGCAUUCAAAAGCAAAAUAGUUCAAGUAUGAAUAAGAACUUCAUAAAGUAUGUAUGUUCUUUUAGGGUAAGCCUUUCAGAUUUGUACUCGAACACUACUAGUUUAUUCACCACAAAUAAAACCACAAAAAACUUCGGCUGCGGGCGACUAACCCUUGAAACCAGAAUGGGGUUUCGCUGCCCUAGGAGGUGAGCGUAGAGAACAGACGAUAUGCAGACUUUUCAACUGCGUUUUCCAGUCUGUCCUCAAGGCACAUCACAGCUUGUUUACCAAGGUUCUAGCAGAUCUGCUCCCUUCCGAAGCACCUUACACUUUCAGAAGUGAGGGAAAUUAUGGGCCGUGAGAGGCAAAUGGCUUUCGGUUUCGCAAAGAGUACAAAUUCACCGCACAGGCGGAGGACACUUCACCGGCAAUCCAACUCGGUCGCCCCGCUCCCUCCUCCCGGGCGUCCGGGGCGACUCACCCGCGAAGGGCUGUCUCUAUCCAGCUCGGGCUGAAUCCCGCCCGCGAGACACUAAGAGACCACAGGAGAGGUGGUCUCUAGCCAACUACGCCGUGGAACUCCAGACCUCCAAUGUAACUGAGCCCCUUCCUCUAGAAUCAGACAACCAUCCGACUUCCGCUUCCGGCGGAUCGAUGCUGAAGCUAGACUGCCUGUCAAGUCUCGCGAUAACUAAGGCUCGUUGUGUAGAUCGCUUUGCAACAGAGCGCUUCUUUAAAUAUUGGCGCAACGCCCAGAGCUCGAGGAGGUGUGGGCAAGUAGCUGUCUAAAGAUGGAUGAUGCCUUGCGCUUUCAGCCUGCCUGGUGGCUGGGCAGUCGAAAACGUCGCUGUCUAUUAAGCCACUUUGACUGGGAGCCGGUGACGGGUAGAGACGGAAGUUCUGGGAAUCUUGGAGAAGGGAGGGAAAGGCUCCUUCCCGCCGCCUGCUCCGGAGUCUUCGUGGGGAACUCAGGUGAGAGCAGGCCAUGAAGAGUAGACAUUACUGAUGACUUAAGGGAUGCUUAAGUUUUCUCUCCUGCCCGGGCAAGCUUCGGUAGUAAGAUUUCUAUAGUCCAUUUAGUAUGUGGUUUUGCGGAAACAUACCUCCUCUGUGCUCCAGUUUCAGCUGUCCGUAUCCAGCUACUUCCAGGAGCCUUGCCCUGCCUUCUGGGAUGUUCUGCAAAUGUAUAAACACUUAAUAUCCCGACAAAGCUUGGCCUCUUCCCUCCCAAAUUGCUUCCCAGGCUAUGCAUCCGUUUUUGUUAAUACAGCCAACUUGGAAACUUUGAUGACAGAUUUGAUGCCCUUUCUUUUUUGUUCAUGCUCCCAUCACUUGCCAAGUCCUGUCGAUUGUACCCCUACAGUGAUUCCAGCAUCUUCUUACCUACUGCCCCCACCUAAUCAAAGUUCUCAUAACCAUCCCCUGAACGGUGUAAAUGCAUGUACCUUUCUCACUGAUGUCCUGCCUCUAGCAUCACACUGCUACUAGCCUAUCUUACAUAUACUCGCCAUAGGUGUAGUCAUCUUCAAGCACCACCGUGAUCCAAAAUAGCUGAUCCAAUGGCUUUCUGUUGCCUGUAGAUUAAAGGUCAAGUUUAUUAA